AUGGCUGUUAUUCUUUACAAGAUCUGGACAAGAAGGAAUUGUUUUGUCUUUAAAAACAUUUUUAAUAGUCCACUUGUUUUAGUUAAAUCAGCAUUGAAUGAUGUAGAAGUUUUUCAUGAAUCUCAUUUGAGAUUAACUUAUGAUGCAGCUAGCCUACCUCAACAGAUCACUGAAGUGGAAUGGAGGCCUCCAACAGAUCCCUUCUAUAAGUUAAAUUUUGAUGCUGCCUUUGACUCUGAGAAGAGGCUGAUGGGUAUUGGCAUAGUGGUAAGGAAUAGCAGAGGUGAAGUGCUAGUUGUGGUUUCUGCUCCCAAAAGUCAUAUUUGUUCUGCAUUUUCUGCAAAAUGCUAUGCACUUCUAAGAAGCAUCAAGUUGUGCCAAGAGCUGUGCUUAUACCAGGUGGUGUUCGAGGGAGAUGCUAAGGCAAUAGUGGAUAGUGUUAAUGGUUAUAACAACAGCCAUUCCUGGCAAGGGCUUUUGAUUGAUGACAUACAAUUCUUAAUAAAGGGACAUGCAGAUUGGAACCUGAUUUUUACUAAGAGAACUGGAAAUAAAGCUGCUCAUAUUGCAGCAAAGUUAGGCAUGUAUUUAGAUAGUGAAUCAGUGUGGAUAGAGGAGGGUCCCCUGGAAGUUUUGUCAGUCACUUUGCUUGAGAAGCCAUGUACUUGCUUGAUUUGA